AAGGGGCGUGGUGGCGUCAACACGUCAUCACCGGUCCUGUUGCCAUGGUGACCGGGGACAACAUGGCGGCCUCGCGGAGCUCCUCGGUGCUGAGGGAAAACAUGUCGGAGGAUGAAGGAAGAAACGGAACCGCGACGCUCGACGUGUUUCCGGGGACAGUGAGACAGAAGAUCGUGCUGCAGCGGCUCAUAGUGAUCGGCCGGCUCCCCCACGAUGUCGCCGACAGGACAGAACUGGGAGAUCAUUAUGAAAGACUCAACUUCCAGUUGAGCAAACAGCACAUAUGGGAUCACGUGACGGGCCUGCUGCUGAUCUAUCCAGCCUGCGUGCUGCACGUCAUCGAGUCGUCCAGGGACGUUCUGCUCUCGGUCCUAAAAGAUCUCAGAGACACGCAACUGCAGACAGACGGGUCGCUGCUGGAGACGGCAAAGGUUGUGUCCAUGGCUCAUGUCCCUCACAGCAGGAUGUUCCAACAGUGGAGCUACAAGGUGCUGGAUGCAGAUCAUGUGGCCGGUGCCCCAGUGAAGAAGGGAUUUGAGGAGGAGGAAGAGAGCACAGAGACUCUGGUGUGCAGUCUCAUGUCAGCUCUGCAGAAUCUGGGCAAACACCUCAGAACCUCCCAGAAGACUCUCCCUGGAUCGGUGCUGGACGGCGCUCCAGAGCUGGUUGUCUCUCAGGACGUUCUGGGAAAGUUGUUGUCUCGAGACGAGCUCCCGAGUCCACAGCUGCACCUGCAGAUGUACGAUUCCCCCUUGAACAUCAGCAUGGGCUUUGGACAAAUGAAUCGAAGCAGCUGCCUCACCACAGUUUAACUCUUUGGACAAAAGGUCAAAGGUAACGUCUCAUCCACACUGGACUCAUAAACCCUCAUCCAUUAAAAGGACCUUAUAAGAAGGGCCUUUGCAUAAUCCACGUCUCGAACGUCCACAGUCGAGCAGCUGAGGUGGAAUUAUCACUGAAGCACCUGAACGCAGACAGGAACCAACAGGACGGGUUCAUACUGACAUUUAACAUCAACCUUUCUCUGCCAUUUGUUUGCAGACGCCUCCUUCUGUUCUUCUUCUCAACAAAAAGCACAAGAAAUCCAAGUUAUAGAAAAACAUUUUAAUUGUUUCAACUUUCGGAGGAGAAUGGUCUUGAUUUUUUUUUUUUUUUCUUCUUUUAUCUUACACUGUUCCUCUUGGUGACCGGGAGACAACAUGUCAAAGAAAAGACAUUUCCUUUUCAGCAUCUCUACAGUUUGACACAGAACUUUUAAUUCUUUAACCACUGAAAGUGUUCCCUUUUUGUUUUGGCCCCCCGUUACUUGGAAACUUAAGCAAAUAAAAAGAAAGAAGAGAUGGGAGAUGUAGUUGCCAUGGCUGCAUGCAUGUAAAGUAAAAACCAACUUCUGUGCAGCACGUUUUUUAUUCCUCAUCGUCUAAAGUUUUAAUUUCCUAACAGACGUCUGAUGCUCUUUUUUUUUUUUUUUUUAUUACUUGUGGACGAUGCUGUAAAGUAGAAAAUACAUAUGAGGUGAAAAUCCAAAAUUAAAUCAAGAAUAAUUUACACAGUCGUGAAGAGUUGGACUAAAAAACAGGGAGCUGAGUUAUUCUUCUCUUGCAAAUGUUGAUCUAUUCACUUAAUAAAAAAAUAAAUACACGCACAUUAAGAUAGGACCAAAGAUGAGACAUAUUUCAUAGGCAUGAUUAAAGAAAGCAUGCUGCUGAGUUUCACACAGGACACGACGAAUCAAACACCUUCCUCCCUCUAAAAUUAGGACGUACACACUUACUUUUCUUAACUGAACACCCCUCUACACUUCUGUAACUUCAAACUAAGUCCACAACACACACAAUCCGCCUGUAUCACGGCCUAUGAGGUGAACACAUCGUCUAUCACCGGUACAUUCCACCAAUUCUUUGAAAAGAAAAUGAAAGGCCUUCGUAUAUUUCAGUGCUCAAAGGUCAUGCUUACGAAAGCUGGAGAGUCUCUGCAGGGUUAUUGUGAGUAAAGUUGUUUUGGAUGGUUACUGUAUGUACAAGUCUCCAGCUGAUCCCGUUCCCUUCAGUGCAAAACGAAGAGCGGCACGUCGUCACAGAACCGUUCAACACAGCCGAGGUUUGAAAUACUCCGAUUAAAAACCCUGAUUUAAUCUGACGACGUCCUGCGAUUGGUGACCUGCGGCGGAGCCGAGUCGAUCCGUUCAUCGGUCUGAUUAUCCGACUGGAGCCGUUUGUGAUAUUCAGUACAAAUAUUUCAAGUAGUUUUUCGAACAAAAAAUCUUUUUUUUCAGCUUCAACAUUUUCAGGAUUUACUGAGACAAACAAUUUGAAACACUGAUAAUGAAUUGUAGUAAGUUAGUUAUUGUGUUGGCUAAUUUGUUUUGCCACAUUCUGUAGACGAUUCAAUAUGGAAAUAUUUAUUAAUUUUAUAAAUGUGUUGUUUUUUCGGCUCCGUGGACGUUAAUAAAGAUGGAGGACAUGACCACUCCCCAAAAGUGAAGCCAGGGGGCCUCAGUCUCCCCCUGGAGGCUGAAUGCAGCAUAGCUCAUUAAAUGUCUAGAACUGAUUUGUUCGUUUUUCUGCUACGUUUGGUUUGAGUUAGUUAUUUGAUUAUAUAAACUGAGCGGAAACGUCACCAGUCACUUGGGAUUGGACGUCAACUCCAUCCCCCUCGUAUCCGGGAUAUUUCGGCUUCAUUUCUCGACCGCGGGAAGAACUGGAGACACGUCGUCCAUCUUCAUUUACUGUCUUCUGUGUGUUUUCAUAUUUGUUCUCGGUUACGUUGUGGAGAUUCAUCAUCUGUCUCUUGUCUCUGUUCACCUCUCAAACCCGCGGCGUCGUAUAAACCCACAGGAACGUUACGUUAAGGUCAGGCUGAAAAUGAAGCCUCACUGCGGUCGUGCCGAGGGAACGAGCACAAACAGGAGAAAUGAAUGUUCUACUGUUCAAACUGUUUUCAAACUGUCCACCGGGGUCAAGAGGUUGAAUCUCAGUGGAGAAUCUGAUCUGCAACAAAAGCCCCUCCAGCUGUUUCAGUUAGAAAAUCUACGAACUGGAUAGAAACUCAGUCAGUGACAUGAGAUCUGAUUCUUACUGUGCGGAUUCUGUUUGAUUCUAUUUUGUGUUAAUGUGGAAUUAUUGUGCUAGAACAUUAUUAUAAGUAAAGUAUAAUGUCAUACUGUUCAUCAUUAGUUAUAUUUCUCAAUACAGCAUUUGUAUAUCUCUCUCUCUCUCUCUCUCUCUCGGAACACGUAUGUACAGAAGUUUCUGGUAUUUACAAAAGUCCUAUCGCACUUUAAAAGAGAGAGGACAGCCGAGCAGCACAGUGACAUUGAGGCCAUGUGUCGUGGACAUUCUCAGGACAAGAGGAAAAUCUUACAAACGUGGGAAGGUCACAACAAAACCCACCGCAAGGCAAAUAACAAACUGCUGCUGUCGUACGUAAACCUCGUUACUCCAGUUCUCUCUCAAACUGAACCGCUGAUUCCUGAAAAGGUUUUGACGCGACAGCGGGAAAAUUCUGGUCCCGUGUUUAAACGCUCUCGAUAUUAUUAUUUCUGUUCUAAUCCUCAGAUGAGAUUCACGUGUGGCGGAAACAAUCACGACUCCUCAGACCCAGUAAAAAGUAUUCAGAAAUAUAUCUGUAUAAAUACUCUCAUCAAAAUAAACACAUAUACACAUAUCUUUGCACUUGCCUCUGGAAUACAGACC